UCCUCUCGCCUGCCAGGCGAUGCUGGCCUCCCUCGUCCUCCUCCUGGGGCUGCCGCUCGCCCUCGCUGCCGAGCCCCCCACCUGCGCCCCACUCAUCCCGGUCACCUUCAACAAUGCCACCGUUCCUGGGAUCCUGGGACAGUGGGUCUACAUCGGCGGCGCCUCCAAGUACAAGCCUCACCUGGCAGAGCUGGAGGCAGUGAAACACGCAGUUUUUUCCUUCUCUCCUGGCAGCCACGAGGACGAGCUCAACGCCACUGAAACUAUGAGAGUGAACGAGACGUGUGUCACGAAGAACACGACCAAGAUCCACAUCUUCCGGCACAACUCCACCCUGGUGCACGUCGAUGACCAGGUGUCUUCCAUGGCCGAACUGAUCCAAAGUGACAAGGACUUGUUCAUCCUGAAGCACCUCAACAACAACUUCCUGAGCCUGAGCCUCUCAGCACGGACACCCAAUGUGAGCAAGGAGCACCUUGAGGAGUUCAAAGCCCACCUGCACUGCCUGGGCUUCGGAGAAGAGGAGAUCUUCUUCACUUCCGAAAAGGAGGCCUGUCCCUUGCCUGGGGAGAAGACAGGCGAAGGCAGCGCGGAGCAGCAGCUGGAGUGACCCCCGCGGGCCGGGUCAGCCGCUCCAUCCUCAUCCUCCUCCAGCCCCUCCAUGGACACAUCCCUGCCUGCCGGCCCUGGCCAGGCUCAGCUCAGCCUCAGGACUUUCUAUCGAGGUUUUUUCCUCCCAUGAAACAUUCAGUUUCCUUGUACUUGCCCAGACUUAAAAUAAAC